CUGAAAAUGUAUUCUUUGGGUGAUUAAAGAGGAACUGCUUUCCUAAAACAUACCUGACCUUUAAGUUCAUACUGGUCUGUGACCCCCACCACCACCAUUAACCUCCAGAGUGAUUAGCCUACCCCUCUUGUAUUCCCAUGGAAGGAGCUGAGUAUAUUUAAUAAUAGGAGCACACCCAGAAGUCUUUGAGGAGGGGCAUGGCUCUUCAUAUUCAUGAAGCUUGCAUACUUCUAUUGGUCAUCCCUGGAUUGGUCACCUCUGCUGCCAUCAGUCAUGAAGACUAUCCUGCUGAUGAAGGUGACCAGACCUCCAGUAAUGACAAUCUGAUCUUUGAUGACUAUCGAGGGAAAGGGUGUGUGGAUGACAGCGGCUUUGUAUACAAGUUGGGAGAACGGUUUUUCCCAGGGCAUUCCAACUGUCCAUGUGUCUGUGCUCUAGAUGGACCUGUUUGUGACCAGCCAGAAUGCCCUAAAAUUCACCCAAAGUGCACAAAAGUGGAACACAAUGGAUGCUGUCCUGAGUGCAAAGAAGUGAAAAACUUUUGUGAAUAUCAUGGGAAAAAUUACAAAAUCUUGGAGGAAUUUAAGCCCUCUCCAUGUGAAUGGUGUCGCUGUGAGCCCAGCAAUGAAGUUCACUGUGUUGUAGCAGACUGCGCAGUUCCUGAGUGUGUCAACCCAGUCUAUGAACCAGAACAAUGUUGUCCUGUCUGCAAAAAUGGUCCAAACUGCUUUGCAGGAACUACAAUAAUUCCGGCUGGCAUUGAAGUGAAAGUGGACGAAUGUAACAUCUGUCACUGUCACAACGGGGACUGGUGGAAGCCGGCUCAAUGUUCAAAGCGCGAAUGCCAAGGCAAGCAGACUGUGUAGGACAAAUCCCAACCAAUGACAAGUUCUUAGGAGAGGAUGCUAUGGCUUCUACACUGCACAUGUUUAACACAAAACAAACAAACUCCUGCCAGCUACAACAGGGUCACCAGCAAAACCUUUUAGGGUUGA